CUGCUAAUAAACUCGCUCGGUACAGCGGGAGACCUAACCUUACCAUCAGGGCAGAGCUCGACUAUUUGUGUAUAGGUAUAUAUAUCCAUUCUCAUAUCCCCAGACCUCAGAAUUCAGCCAGACAGGCCGUCGUCGGUAGUUGCACUUUGGUGAUCCACGCGCUGCUAGGAGGCGAUGCGUCCGUCAACAGUAGCCUCGUAGCGAAGAUAAGACGCUGCUCCUCAUGGUUCGGUGCAGAGGUGACGUGAUGCUGUGGUCAUGAUCCGCUGGAGAUUCACUAGUGAGGACUAGUGAACUCUCUUUCCCAGAGUCAUGGUGGUGAUGAAGACCCACCUGGAGAACAGGUCCUCCAACUGCCUGAGGAAGUACAGGAUCUUCUUCGUAUGUGGCCUAGUGCUGCUCUGCGCACAGGUCUACCUGGCUUACAACUUCCUCGCACUGGAAAACGAGAGUCAGCAGAGACCUGGCAAGGCUACACUCGAGGAGACUAACUUUUCUCGAGAUGACGAAGAUGAAGGACUGCCAAAGGGGACCCGUCAACUAAAAUUGCCACCUGACAAGCAAGGCAGCUCUAACAAAGCUUUAAAUCGUAACCGUACUACUAGGGUAAAGCUUGACCGCAACUCUCUUAAUUUUGUACCAGCCUGUGAAGUCACAGGUAGAGAAGCGGUAAGUGCCAUAACUCGAGCGCAAAGUCAAAUGUGCAAGGAGCGCAUUGUCAAUGUGACGUGCCUUAGUCAGCAGAAUCUGCUGUAUCCUACAAAGUUACAGUCUUCCUGCCCGCAUUCGCUGGGCUUCGUUGGUGUUCCCAAGAGCUUGGGUUGCUUCAAGGAUGAUAAAAUAUCCAGGCUUCUGCCCAACUAUUAUGCUGUUUUCAAGACUAACAAUUCGCCAGAGCACUGCGCCUACAUGUGCUUGCAGUCUGGCUUUCCUUACGCUGGUGUUGAAUACUCAAUGGAAUGUUUCUGUGGUAAGGAAGAACCUUCCAAGACAAACCAGUUACCAGACUCUAGUUGUAAUAUGAAAUGUCCUGGAGAUCCUAAGCAACCUUGUGGUGGAUAUCUGACUAUAAACAUUUUUUUAACAGGCAUUCAAAGAUUCAAGGCACAAGAAGCGAGAAAUUCUAGUUUAAAAAGCACUGACGAAGCACCGGUUAGAAUCGCGUAUUUGUUGACUGUUAAUGGCAGAGCUAGUCGACAAGUGAGACGUCUCAUCAGUAUUCUUUAUGAUCCCUCACAUUUAUUCUACAUACACGUAGACGCGCGUCAAGACUACAUGUACAGAGAAAUGCUGGAGGUCGAGCGAAAAUGCAAAAAUAAGAACAUAAUAGUAGCCAAGGGUCCGGACUUGCGACAUGCGAGCAUCUGGGGAGGUGCCAGUCUCCUCACGACUUUCCUCACCUCUGCUCGUCAGAUGCUCUUGCAUUCGAAGAACUGGGACUUUCUGGUCAAUCUCUCGGAGUCCGAUUAUCCGAUCAAAACCAACGCUCGUCUCGUCGAGUUUCUCACGUGGAAUAGAGGCAUGAAUUUCGUCAAGUCGCAUGGCCGUGAGGUUCAGAGGUUUCUGACUAAACAGGGUUUAGAUAAAACGUUCGUAGAAUGUGAAGCGCGUAUGUGGCGAGUGGGUGACCGAAAGCUCCCCAAUGGUAUCCAGAUAGACGGAGGUAGCGACUGGGUCGCGUUAUCCCGCGAUUUCGUAGAAUACGUUGCCCGACCGGAACCAGAUGCCCUCGUAACUGGGUUAUUAAAAAUCUUCCGCUACACGCUGUUGCCGGCCGAGUCGUUUUUCCACACGGCGUUGAGAAACUCACGCUUCUGCGAUACCUACGUCGACAACAACCUGCACGUGACUAACUGGAAACGCAAGCUUGGCUGCAAGUGUCAGUACAAGGCUGUAGUCGAUUGGUGUGGGUGUAGUCCGAAUGACUUUAAAAUGGAGGAUUUCAAUAGGAUCAGGAAUACUGCUGAGAAGAAUCUGUUCUUUGCUAGGAAGUUUGAACCGGUUAUCGAUCAGAGAAUCAUUGACAGGGUAGAGCAAUGGCUCUAUCCUGAGAGAGCAAAUGCUACCACUGCACUGACCAUCAAAGGCUACGACUCCUAUUGGCAAAGUCUCUACCACCACGAAGACAUAAGUCCAGCAGCCGAUGACGCUCUUCUCACUGUGUCCAGCUCCUUAGCACGACUUGUUUACCAACGAUUCGGUGAACCGCCAGGGAUCGAAGGGGCCACUGUCCAUCUGCUUGAGACGAGCGCAUACUUUAGGGAAAAUCACUUUGCGGGAAUACUCAUACGAGCGGCUUCGGAUCGCCUUGCUAUGGAGUCGUCCACGCUUAUGACUGACUUCCCGGAUCAAGUUGAGGCAUUGAUAUACCCAAAACGUAAUCUAUCGACAGCCCGCUCGUGGGUUGGUAAAAUCACUAGUAUGACGAUAAAUACGGACUACGAUCAGAAGGAGCAGAUGUUCAGGAAUUUCUUAGGAGGCGUCGGUCCAAUGUCGAGUCCUGCAUUGGCUUAUGAAUUCGAUGCGAGUGUACCAGUACCGCAAAAUUUCACAGUUUUGUGGUUGGAUCCUUUAUAUAGGCUGGCUGACAUCAAUUACCUACAGAUCGAGGAAUCGUCUCUGAUAGGAUAUCUGAAACCUCAAUUGAGUGACCCACUGCAGAUCGGCAUUUGGAAUGUAUUCGUAAUACUAGAUUCCAAAAUUAUAGUCAAAUUGAAUUUUUUGGUGACGCCUCUGACGCAUUGGCGAAAUCGACCGAUAGGUCACGAAAAAUCUCGCGAAGUGAAUCACGGCCCUGCAACCCCCUACCAUGUUGCAAAAGAUCAGGCGGACAGGUGGCUCGAGUUUCUUCAACCGCAUAUUACGAUGAAAGAUACCGCAACUCGAGCUGGAUCCGAGGUACGCAUAGGGUGGCAAUUAGAGCGGUGGGUGGAUACGUACAUCUUCGAGCACUACGAGGUGUCGCGAGUCUGCGAUGCUGGCGAGGAACGACCGCGAAGUCGGGCCAAACACUCCAAAUCUCCGCUGCUCCAGCGUUGUAUCGCCACCGAUUGGAGCUCCCUAGCUCCCGACCCAAAGUCUGAUGUCCGUAGCAUAUGUCAAAAGAGUCGAUGAGAGAAAGAAAGAGAGAGAUGAAUGGAAAUGAAAAGCCCUUUUUGUAUUGACGGGUAUUCUCUGCGUCAGCCAUCCUUAUUACCUAGAUUCGGUUGGGUUCCGUCAGUGAUUUCGAAUGAUCGUUGCCGGUGUAAUAAAUGUUUCUUGGAACGCACAAUUUUGAUUAUCGAUCGAUGCCCGAUACCAAUGGUGUUCACUUUCUACACGGUUCACGUUGUUGAUCUUGCACUAAAAACGGGUGUCUAAUUGAAUUCUCUCGAGUUGUUGUCUAACGUUAAUGUCAUGAUCAUUACACCCAAUGUGUGUCUCAGGUGUCUGGAGAAAAAUCAAAUUGAACUUGCGUAUUGCAAUUAAAUUCUCGGGUCUCGUUCAUUGCGUAUCGAUGUUUUAGAGGUACUUUUUAUCGAACAAGUAAUAAUAAUGAAUCUUGCCAGUGAAAAAGCAAUAUAUAAGAUUACACGCAUAUACUCACUUAGCAAUUUUAUGGUCUGAAAUUUAUACGAGUUAUUUUUUUGAAUAAAUUGGUCAUAUCAGUGGGGAGGUAUUCGAAUCAAAUAGAUGGUAGGGAUAAGAAUAACGUUUUGUGAUAUGCAUUUGUUACCUAUGUAUUUAAAAGCUACUUCUUUGGGGAAUAAUUGUACGCGUAAGGUACAGCUUGUAAUGGGGCAGUCUUAUUGAAUACGUAUAUUUUAAUACAAUGUGAUAUACGUUACUCUAUGACUAUUGGGUUGCAUUGUGCGUAGUUUCAAAUUAGGAAAAGACGAUCUAUAUUCUUACGUUUCGUAGUACUAUUGAGAUUUUGCUGAUAUAGCUUUACAUUGUCAAUGAUUAGCUUUGUAUGAUACCGAUGCGAUGCAAGUAAAUAACGAUUUUUUUAAUUAGGUUCGAGUCGAAGUAAUUUUAUAUACGUGUGAAGUUAUAAUAGCUAAGUAAUAAGAAGCAUAAUUGAAUCAAAAACAUUUUUUCAAUUAUAAUAAUUAUAAUGAAAUGCAUGUACGUUAGAGGAAGGCUUUAAUAUAAAUUUGAGACUUUCUAAGAUAAUAUUUACUCAAUAUACAUGUUUUAGGUAAUAUUCGUUUUAUAUCUUCAAGCUUUUUGUAAAAGUUGAUGCUGUUAAAAUAACGUACACGUAUAACGUGUAAGUGGUUUAUUAUGUAUUAUACAAAAAUAUUACAUAAAAAUAAGGAAACUAUGAAGGUAAUUAAAAAAUCGACAAACUUGAGUUUGUUACAGACUGAAUAAUGGCUAAAAUAAUUAAAAUUAUGCUAUGAUCUCUAUUCGACAAUAAUUUUCAUAUUGCAAUAAAAUUUGGAGUAUUUCUUACAAUAUUGUUUGCUUAGCAUUCUCAUUUCUCAAAGUUUAACUAUCAUUAUAAUUACAUGUUUUCGUGAAUGGAAUACUUACCUUCUCUAAUUACUAAAAAGUACUCAAACACUAAGCCAGUGACCGAAUAAGACAUUUCGAUUCGCUAUAUUUUAUAGCUUCUCUUAUAUCGAACAAAUUAUGGUAAUUAAUUGUUAGUUUUUCUAUAAAUCUAUUUAAUAAUCGUUUUGUAAAAGCUACUUUUGACGCAAAGUUAUUCGGCGAACUUCAUUGAUACUUACCACAAUGAUAUUCGAUUGAUGUGUUAAACGAUCAUUUGGAGUGCAAAAAGAACCCGACCGAUUAUUUAUCAAACAACGUGCCAUUCCUUAUUAACGCAGCGUGUCGCGCAUAUUUGUAAGAACAAAUGAUGUUCAAAUGAAUAUUUUUAUAUCAAUUAAAUGUACAUACAUAUACAUUCGAUCUUAAUAAAUAUUUACGAUGAAUAUACUUCGAUUAUAAUCGACUUUAUUAACAACAAAUAAACGACGUUAAUCUUUCAACUCUUUGAUAAAAGAAAAAUAUUUUAUGUGUAUAUUGACGUAUAUUCCGACAUGUUAGAAAAGUCGUUUCUCAAAACAGUAAAAACAAGCAAAAUCAAUACUCUUUAAAAUGCUGUAUUACUUUUACAUCAUAAAAUUUCCAAAGAUUAACUUUGACAUGUAUUAAAUAUACAUUAGUUUACCUGUAAUUCUUGUAAAUACUUAAUUGAAUAAAACCAAAAAUGAAAAAUCUA